UGAAGAGUCCAGACUGCAGUGCGCUUUCCCCUGAUCCUGAUUCCUGACCCGUUCAUAGGUAGGUACCGUAUUCUGACCUUUCCGAAGUAGAGCAAUUGCAAACAUUCUCAAACAACUUGGAAGGAUUGCGGCAUUUAGCGUUGCCUCAGCGUCGUGCCAGUGCCUUUGACAGGAGCCUCUAGCUGUUGCGUGUUGGUUUGUCUGGCCUUGCGAGCUACCGAAUAUCAGGACACUUUGGAAUUGUAUUGCCAAGAAGUUAUAGGCCCGUUGCUUCAUAAGUCCAUGGCUCCGAGCUUGAAGACGCCGCACCAUGUUUUCCUGCAAAAGCUCAUGGUCGAGCAUGUGCUGCCGGAGAGUGGUGCACGGCAGCUGUACAGGGAUGUCGCACAAGCAGAAGAUGCUGCCUUUGGCAAAUUCGUAAAUGACAUCAACGAUGAGCUCAGCUUCUUGUCCAUGGAAAUUCGCAUCCAGACAUACCAAGGGGACGGCAAGAAGUACUACGGGCUGGUGAAUAAGGUGGCAGACGACCAGGCAAAGCUAGGCACCAAGUUUCAGCACGGGCAGAUUGCCCACUUCAAAGCAAUGCUGGAAUCUAUUGUAACCGAGUCAAAGGGCGCUGGCGCAAUCAGUACCAUGGAUGCAAUCAACCUGCGGCCCGACCUUCAGGGCAACACGCAAGCCUCCGAGAGCAGCCAAGCCGCCGCGGCCCGCACCCUCAGCGCAUCUGAGAAGGAGAAGAACAUUGCGGAGCUGAUCACGGAGGGCUGGCUGGAGCGGCUGUCGGACGGCCACCUGGCGCUCGGACCGCGGACGUUCAUGGAGCUUCGGACGGUCAUCCAGUCGUUGGACGUGCCAGCGUGCAAGGCCUGUACCGAGCCCGCAGUCAAAGCCCAAGCCUGUGAGGCGCCCGGUUGCUCCACCUGGUUGCACGACCACUGCGCGAAAAGCUGGUUCAACCGCCCGGGAGAGCCCCGGACGUGCCCGGAGUGUGGGGCAGAGUGGGCGGCAGCGCCGCAGGAGGAAACGGCGGCAGAGGAGCGGGCUGAGAAUCUGGCGGCGAAUGGGCACAGGAAUAAGAAAGCGAGACGGGAAAGGCGGUCGAAGACGUGAGAAAAGCUGUGUAUGAAUGGUAUUACAAGGCGGCCAACCUGGUUUAUGCGAAGCUAGUGGUGGUAUUGAAAUGAGCCAUGGUGUCUUCUAUCCGGUUCCUGGUAAGCGGGGGGGUCCCUAGGAAGGUGCGACAGUCUGUCGACAGUUAGAAGCUCUUGUUGAUUGUCACUGUCUCACUGUGUGUUGAGAUUUUACUUCAGAGUCUGUCGCUGAAUUCUAGAUGUGCCGCAAGGCUCGACUCUAAUAGGAAUUUGCAUCAUGCAAUCUCGAAACGGCAACAUUGCGGAGCGUCAACAAUCAAUUUCCCCUGUCAACAAAUAAUGUGGGUUGAUACCAGAGGGAUUGUGAUGACCCUGAUCCAAGUUACAUGUGCCACUCAGAAGAUUUGGCCCAGUGGCCACCGAGGACG